AUGGGAGUCGGGAGUAGGGAGUCGGGAGUAGGAGUCGGAAACGAGAGGCGAGGAGUUGGGAGGGAGUCGGAAGUCGGGAAUCGGGAGUCGGGAGUUGGGAGUCGGGAUCGGGAGUCGGGAGUCGGGAGUCGGAAAUCGAGAGGCGGGAGUUGGGAGUCGGGAGUCGGGAGUUGGGAGUCGGAAAUCGAGAGGCGGGAGUUGGGAGUCGGGAGUUGGGAGUCGGGAGUCGGGAGUAGGGAGUCGGGAGUCAGGAAUGGGAGUCGGGAGUCGGGAAUCGAGAGGCGGGAGUUGGGAGUCGGGAGUUGGGAGUCGGGAGUCGGGAGUCGGGAGUCGGGAGUUGGGAAUCAGAGUCGGAUCGGAGUCGGAAUCAGAGUCGGGAAUCGGGAGUCGGGAGUCGGGAAUCGAGAGUCGGGGUCGGGAAUCGGGAGUCGGAGCGGGAGUAGAGAGUCGGGAGUCGGGAGUCGGGAGUCGGGAGUCGGGAGUCGGGAGUGGGAGUCGGGAGUUGGGAGUCGGGAGUCGGGAGUAGGGAGUCGGGAGUCAGGAAUCGGGAGUCGGGAGUCGGGAGUAGGGAGUCGGAGUCGGGAAUCGAGAGGCGGGAGUUGGGAGUCGGGAGUUGGGAGUCGGGAGUAG